AUGCCGAAGUAAGUGUUCUCGUUGAUUUAUUUUACUGUCAUUUUGGGGCAGAUUUUUUUCAUUCGAAAAUAAAUGCUUAAGGAAUGUGUUAAUUUAGUUUUCAGGCGUGUUUAUGUAACUUUUUGUGAUAUAUUAGGUAUUAUUGUGAUUACUGCGACACCUACCUCACACACGACUCGGUAAGUACAUGUGUAAAAUCUUUUAUAUCAAAGUUUCUAGUUUGCUGUUUCUUUAAUUAAUGUUCAAAGUCACUGGUGCAGGUGCAAAUUUAUUUUUUCAAUAUUCUCUAAUCUGUUUAAUACUCUAAUUCAUGUCUAAAUCUUGUCUAACAGGCACGUUCAUAACUCGCAAACCACAUUUAUAUCCAUGCAGUCGUGGUCUGAUCAUGAAUGAAAUAAGCUUAAGCUUACAUUUUAAUUAAAAAUCAUUACUUGUUAAAGGAACAUUACAAACAGUGCGCUAUUCAUGUACCGAAUUUGAUAUAAUUUCACUUUUAUGAAGCAAUUUCAAACAGUGUACUUAUAUGCAUAAGGACACUGCUCCGGUGUUAGAUAAUGUGAAAGCCAGUGUCAAACUAGAUUUUCAUAUAUACUUCACAUAGAUUUUCUGUGUCAUACUAAACAAGAAUGUCAAAUUUGAAUUAGGAGCAACUACAGAAUACAGGGCCAUAUUUUAAGGUCUUAAACAGAAGUGGCUCGGUGGCUCGCUAGUCACGACAAGUGUUUAAAGAAUGAGAAAGAUAUAAGACAUAUAAGUGUAAGACAGACAUAGAAGGCAUAUACUUGAGUAUGUAUUAUAGCAGAUUAUAGGUAUAUAUUUUAGUGGCUCGACGGCUCAGUGGCUCUUCAGUCGAGGUUAUAUAGUUUAGUGGCUCGGUGGCUCAUUAGUCGGGACUACCGAGCCACCCCAACGAAUAUACCCAGAAAAUUUGCCCCGUAUUCUGUAGUUAAGCCUUGAAUUAAAUUAAACUGCAUUCUUCUUCUGUACCUCUGGUAAUUUAUCACUGAUGUUUGGCAUAGGAGUGGCACAGCAUUUGAACAGGACAUUACAUUAAAUACCUAAUGCCAUUGAUAUUCUCCUGUCACCUUUUGUCAUACUUUAGCUAUAAAAGAAAGAUAUCAAAUAAUGAUAUCAAAGGUGUAACAUAGCGUGAUGGAUUUAGGGCAUUUUUGACAACUUAAGAGUUUAACUUCUCAAGCUCAUUCAUAAUUAUUCAUAAAGAAAAUACAGGGGAAAUUAAAGUUAAAUGAGUGUUUAGAAAUCAGAUGAAAAACUGCUCAUUUUUGCGUCCUUAAUUUCUCCUUCUAAAAUCAUUUUGUUUGAGAAGUAAUAUCAAGCAUUCGACACAGUGUUUCAUCACCAGAUGAAACACUGUGUCGAAUGCUUGAUACAUCUGCUUGAACACCAGAUGAAACAAAUGAUCUUGAAGUUCGUCAAAAAUUCUCCACUGUGCAUCACUUUUUCAACUCUCUUCUCAGUGUUUCAUCUGGUGAUGAAAACAUUCACCCAAUUUUUUCAAUUUGCAGUCUGUUUCCAUCUCGGCCAUGGAAAGCUACACACGCUUAUAGCUGAGUUGUUUUAGUAGAGUAAUUUUAAAUAGAAGUUAGCCAUUGUUUUAGGGUUUCCUUUGAUUCCAGUAUGUUCUCAGGGUUUUACAGUAUAUCAAAAAAUCAUGACAUACCUCCUAUUAAAACCCUAACUGGCAGAGGGCAAACUAGUAAGCGAUAAAUUUACAAGCAUGGUCAAGCAUUUGAACUUGUGACUACUAAGAAACAAAUCCAGCAAGUGGUUGGAGCAGGAUUCAAACAUGGGACCUUUAGGGUGCGUUCCUUUGAUAUGAUCUGGAUCAGGAUCAGUGAUCUGAGAUCAUUUAGAUCAUAGUAGAUCAAAUGAAUCGGUGAAUUCUUGUCCAUAGUGGAUUCAUCAGUUCAUUUGAUGUACCAUGAUCCGAGUGAUCUCGGAUCAAUGAUCCUGAUCCAGAUCAUCCCAAAGGAACGUACCCUUAGAUAUAUUUGAGAUUCUAAUGCACCGACCACACAGCUCAGUCUAGAAUAUAGUUUUACUAUUUUGUAUCUCUUGGGGCAAAAAUGGAUGGAAACUUUGUGGGUCAUGUCUGAAAGAUGUUAAGACAUUAAAUUAAUUUUAGUUAAGAAAUGAAAAGCUAGCAAAAAAUCCACUCAUUACAGUAAUAAGCAAAGUUGUAAGUUGUUUAAAUCUGGAACCUAGAUGUCUUAUAUAUCACUUUGCUUCCAGCCAUCAGUCCGAAAGACUCAUAAUGGUGGUCGAAAACACAAAGACAAUGUGCGUUUUUACUACACCAAGUGGAUGGAAGAACAGGCACAAAGUUUGAUUGAUCAGACAAGUAUGUAACAAGAGUUAUAUAGGUAACUGGUCAGUUGGAGCCUUGUAACCUGGCCUACUUAAAAAUUGCCUUCUUCUUGUAAGGUUACUUACCUAUUUCUGUAGCUAUCUUGACUAUCACUUACUAACUAUAAAAUAAUAUGUUCUUGUCAUAAUUGUGUGAUAUUAAACAUAUUGUUUUUUUAAGUUGUGAUCCAUUAUUACUAUAUUUGAUAAUACUGGUACUAUUAUCUCAUUUUGUGUCUUUUUUUUUUUUUUAGUGGGGGGGAAUAGUUUAUUUUAUUUAAGCAUUCCAAGUUAGUUUGCUAUGGACUAAAUGCACGUGAUAAUAUACUAUUUCGAUAAAUUGACCAUAAUUUUCCAUAAUUAACUUUCUUGUGACUCUUUAAUUUCAAAUAGUUAUUCAUUCAUUUAGAUGGAUAAAUGAAGGAUGAUUUUUCAUGGUCAACACUCGUAUGACCCCCUUUGUCCCAAAAAGUUUAAACCCGUGGUUUCUCUGCAGUUUUCGACAUUAGAAACUGUAAGUUUGAUGAUAAGAUCCAUAAGGUUACAAUGUAUAGGCAUUAAAAAAUACAGUAAUAUUAUUGUGGUUGAUGCACUUUCUACAUUAAUCCUUAAAUUUUGAAUGCCAAAUUCCAGCAACGUUUGCGUAGAAAGAUAAUACUGCAGUACCUCCCCUCUCUAUAUUUUCAAGGACAUUAGCUUUUCGCCAGUAAGCUCACAAACCAGGUGUGUUUUAAGCAUAAUUUCAGCUCCUUUGUUCUCAUUUUUCUCACUUUUAUCUGGCUUUCCUUUACAGCUGCAGCAUACCAAGCCACCUCUACAGCUCCACCACAAGUUCCCCACAUGCCACCCCCUGGAAUGUUACCACCCCCACCCCCUGGAAUGAUGCCACCACCUGGUGCACUACCUCCUCCAGGAGCAUUACCAUUUCCCAUGCCCCCGCUUGGAGCAAUGCCACCACCAGGGGGUAUAAGACCACCUCCUGGAGCACCUCUUGGACCCCCACCCAGAAUGGCUGGACCACCACCAGGAGAGAAUCAACACCGACCACUUUUUGGAAAAUCUUAA